GAAAGAGUGAGAGAGAAUAAUACCUUUCUCUUCUAGCUUUGACAGGUGAAGGGAAUCCUACUACAGUGAUGGGCCGACACGGGGGAAGUACUGAGUUAAGCUGCACUUUCUCUGAAUCCAACAAACACAGAACCAAGUUCCUCUGCCAGCGUCAGAGAAAGUUAACCUGCCUCAAACUCAACCCACCUGGAACACAGAAGAGAAAAAUACAAAUGGUAUCUUCUGGUGAAAAAGAAGAAAAAUUGUCUUCUAAAAAGAAAGAAGAGAAGUUCUCUGUGACCCUGUUCCAGCUGAAUGAAACAGAUGCUGGAGAGUACUGGUGUGGAGUAGAUGCAGUUGUAGGUGAAUCCAUCACCCUAAUCAAGAACACUCAGAUCUUCAUUGUGACUCAAGUGACAGGAUAUGAAGGAGGUGAAAUUCAGAUCAUCUGUCCAUAUCACCCUGAGGAUUCUGGGAAAAGAAAACUCCUCUGUAAGGAUGAGUGUAACAACGAACCUCUCAUCAAAACUCAGGGAGGUCAGACACAGGCUGCAAGAGGAAGAUUUUCUCUGCAUGACAGCCCCACUGCUGGAGUCUUCACUGUGACCAUCACUGGACUGGAAGCAGAGGAUUCUGGGAAGUACUGGUGUGGAAUGGAUGGAACUACUGUGUUCAUAUUUGAUUACUACACAGAGCUGAAGGUGACACCUAGAGAAGGUGCUGCUGUGGUUGUCUGUGUGUCUUUUACUGCUGUUGCUCUGCUGUUGGGGAUCUACACAUGCAGGAGGCAGAGGACAAGAGCAGAGGCUGAGGAUGAUUAUGAAAAUGAUCCUGCAGCAUCAGCACUGCAUGAAGCCCCCACCAACACCCCGGCAUCUGAGUCCGUCUACCAGAGCCUGAACGCAGACACCCUCCAGCAGGACUCGGUCUAUCAGCACCUGAACCCCAACACUGACCAUGGAGAUUCAGUCUAUCAGUCCCUGAACCCCAACACUGACCAUGGGGAUUCGGUGUAUCAGUCCCUGAACCCCAACACUGGCCAUGGGGAUUCGGUGUAUCAGUCCCUGAACCCCAACACUGACCAUGGGGAUUCAUUAUAUCAGUCCCUGAACCCCAACACUGACCAUGGAGAUUCAUUAUAUCAGUCCCUGAACCCCAACACUGACCAUGGGGAUUCAGUCUAUCAAAAUAUCUAUCAGCACAGGUCAGUUGAGUGA